CUUCUAGAAAUAUAAACUCGCAAACAGUCUGCUCCCAAACUCUGAGAGUCCGACAUUGCCCGAUUACCAAAGCUGACAACCAAGCACGCGUCAUGAUUGCCUUGAGUUGUUUUCUUCUUUCGUUUGUGUGCCUUGCGCAUUCCAGAAGUUAUUAUUAUGGUCAAUCUAACGGUGGAAACCAGGGAGCUCGUUUUUGCUACGGUAAAGCUAAUGGAAACUACCGAGAUCCAGAUAAUUGUUACGGGUUCAUCACCUGCUCAAACUCGAUAACGUACAAACAGAACUGUCCCAGCGGCUUAAAAUACAACGAGAGAACAGGCCGCUGUGAUUGGCCACAGAAUGUGCAAUGCGGCCAAGGUGUAAAUGAAGGUACCGGUUGCCGAGAGGGAAGCACCUCCUAUGAUGAAUGCGGGCAAAGAUGCAUCUGUGUUGGGGGCCAGUUGCAAAACUGCGUUCGAAUUAGGAAGGAAUUCANUUAG